CCUUGCAGGCUGGCGGUAGUAUACUUGUCUAUGCUGACGGCUAAGUCGGUGGUGCUUACAUAUUGAUUAUUAAUUCUGUACAGCCUAUGCCGUCGCUGAGAGGAUUUCAGUUUCAGUAAUAUAAAAAAUGUUCUUAAGUUGGUUCGGUGAAAUGAUUCUUUUCAGUGAAGAUUUUCCUGAAUAGGAGAUAAAUUGAACGAGGUAAGCGUUUAAAGAUUCUGCCCUUUGCACUCACUCUCUCACACACUCACUCAUUCUCUCACUCUCUAUCAUUCUCUCUGUCUCUACUUGGAUGAAACUAUGACGAACAUAAACAAUUCAACAAUAUUGCUUAAUGAAAGACUGUAAGUCAUAUUCAGUAGCACCACCACUGGCAGAUAUUGCAUUGAGAAACAUUUGGAAUUUGGACAUGGCAUUAGACGUAAAUACUCGAACUGAAACAGUUGAAUUAUUAAGUCGCGAAGCUGACAGCCUAAAACACAAGCUUGAAGAAGAAAGAAAAAAACUUAACGAUGUGACAUUGGCAAAUGUUGCGGAACGAUUAGAGGAAGUUACAUUUCUAAAUAUAAAACCUAGACGUUUGUUGAAAGGAAACCAAGCUAAAAUGUUAUGUUGUGAUUGGUCUCCAGAUAAACGGCAUAUUGUUUCAUCUUCACAGGAUGGUAAAUUACUAAUCUGGGAUGCAUUUACAUCUGCAAAAGAACAAACUGUUACAAUGCCAACAACUUGGGUGAUGGCAUGUGCCUAUUCACCAUCAGGCAACUUAGUUGCAUGCGGUGGUCUGGAUAACAAAGUAACAGUGUUCAAUAUAUCCAAUCCUGACGAAGAUCCGUCUGCUAAAAAGAAAACUGUUGGUACACAUACAAAUUUCAUGUCUUGUUGCUUAUUUCCAAAUUCAGAUCAACAGAUUUUGACUGGUAGUGGAGAUGCUACUGCUGCACUUUGGGAUGUCGAGUCAGGUCAAAUGUUACAAUCUUUCCACGGCCAUACAGGUGACAUAAUGUCCAUUGAUUUAUCACCAUCAGAAAUUGGGAAUACUUUUAUAUCAGGUAGUUGUGACAAAAUGUUACUUUUGUGGGAUAUGAGAACUGGUCAAAGUGUUCAAUCAUUUGAAGGUCAUCUUUCUGACAUAAAUAGUGUCAAAUAUCAUCCAAGUGGAGAUGCUGUAGCAUCUGGAUCAGAUGAUUCUACAUGUCGAAUGUAUGACUUAAGAGCAGACAAAGAAGUUGCUGUAUAUUCAAAAGAAAGUAUUUUGUUUGGAGUUAAUUCUAUUGACUUUUCAGUCAGUGGUAGAAUAUUAUUUGGUGGCUAUACAGAUUAUACAAUAAAUGCUUGGGAUAGUUUAAAAUGUGAAAGAGUGAGUUUAUUAUAUGGACAUGAAAAUAGAGUUACAAGUAUAAAACUUUCACCUGAUGGAACAGCAUUAGCUUCUGCAAGUUGGGAUGCUUCUUUACGUGUAUGGGCAUAAGUUAUGAAAAUUCAAGAUUUUGAAUGUAGAUCUAGUCAGUAAUACGUUCCGUACAAUUAUAAGAGUUAAUGUUUACAGAUAAAUAAUAAUUAUAUAAUCAUAGAAUAGUUAAAAUAUAUAAAAAUUAAUUUUUA